AUGAGGAACCUGUUCAAGGCCAUGGCGACUUUCAUGAAGAAGUUCAAAAGAAAGCGCAGAGUGUCCACAGAACUGCACUCGCGCUGGGGUGAUGUUUCUAUCUCCUAUCCCUUACAAGGGUCCUGGAACCACCCAUCAAGGGCAGCAAUACAACCCGAAGACAGCCAGCAAUACAAUUCACCUGGCCCAGUACGACAGCGAAGCCACAGCACCUCGAGCAGAGUAUCCCGAAGUACGAGCACCCGAGAACUCCACCCGGAGUCUCCUCCUUUCCCUACAGGGUAUUUUGACCAGAACAUUCGGCGUCGCGUUGGAGAAAGACACACCCCGCCAGCUCAAGGAUUUGGACCUCAAGAACUUGGUGGCGAUUACCGGCGCGAAGCAAGUCACCGACCACCAAGUUCUAUAAUCCACGACGAAAGCGCUAGCGAUGACUCCUCAUGCGACGGAGAGGAAGAGGAAGACGACGAAGAACGCGAUACUCUAGGCCCACGAGUUCGAUUGAGCCCCCGCGACUUUGGAAUGGGAGAGAUAUCACCCGCAACGCGUGACAACGAAGACUUCGAUAUCCCCGCCAAGUCCCCACCACUCUCCGUGACUUCGCGCAUGCGUCGGUGCAGCAUUCAAAGCUGUGCGACAGAACCCACCGCGUCUAUUUCUGGCGGCACCAGCUCGAGACGAACGAGCUUUACCGCUGCAUCCUCUAUUUCUGCUCCCUCAAUGCCGCCUUCUACUCCUCGCUAUGGAUACCACACCCUCAAGCAACCUCCUUUCCCUGAGAAGAGAUACCCUUCCCGUGUCAAACAGACGGAACCAGAGUGUGGGCCUCCACAGGAGUUGGUACCCUCCUACGAUGAGCUCUAUGGUUGA